ACAUACGGUAGUAUUUCUAGAAGUAAUUCGUACAGUAAUUCAUCUUUCGCCCCACACCGCGGACAUAGUUGCUCGGCCCGAACCCAAUACUGUAGCAACACAGCACAACCAAGCACCAAAGCAACCAACACAGUAAACUACACGAAACACCAAACAAAAUGGCUCCCUUUGAAGACGGCGUCGAGGCCAUGACCCUUCCCGAAAACCGAUUCGACGUGACCAUCAUCUGCACCACCGACGACCACCAGGCCGAGUUCUGGAUGCGCAAGCUCAAGACCCCGACGCCGAUCGGAGGCGCCGCCUCGGUCUUCCCGCUCGUUGUGGCCGUCUCGGAGGACUGGUCCGGAUCCGGGGGCGCCGGGAACGGACUGGGGACCCUCUACGCCUGGGAAAAAGCCUGCGCCUACGCCUCGGAGCACGUCGAGGGAGGGCCCGACCUAAGGGCGCUGCUGGCAGAGGGAAGCAUCUCGGCCGCCCUCUACCACACGGCCGGAAAGGGGACCCGCAUGGCCCCCCUGCCGGCGAGCGAGAACAACAACAAGCCGGGGGUGGUGCGUGACUGCGUUGCAUUGCAUUGCAUUGCGUUGAUUCUCUUCAUUUUGGGUGUGUGUGACGGAUUGCCGUUUUCGCACAGCCUCUCCUUUUGUUUUUUUUUUCUGACAAACUGUAUUUUCCCCUCUUGAUUCGAAUCUCUGGGACGCCUUUGGAAUGAUGAACCAAACAAUAUCCGACGAAAAACUCCAACACAACAAUUCACAACACCAAACCAAAUACUUCGUACUGUAUAUUUGAUACAUUAUCAUACAUUUUUUCCGUCGAUGCGAUGGGCACGGUGGCAUUCUAUGGUACGCUAUACCAUACAUUAUUCACGCAUCGCUUCCAUAGAAACUCCCAUUUCCAAAGCAAAUCACGGUCUUGGAGGCGGUCGUUCGACAAACGGGGAUCUACGCCUCCUCCCGAAAGGGAAGGCUGAGUGUCUUCUGGGGUGACCAGGUCUUUUUGCCACCGCAAAAGGAAAACUACCUCUACGAACCAUCCCAUCACAUCGACAUUAUGUGCACCUUGCUAGGAGAUACGGCCCCGACCGCGAAAGAGUGGACCGACCAGGGACUGGACAAGUACGGGGUCAUCGCCGUCCUCAAGGAAUCCGGAGACGGGAAGGUCGCGGAGGCGGCCCAGGUCGAAAAGGUCAGCCACGAGACGGCCACAAAGAUGCUUGGGGAGCUCGGAACAAUCGCCCAGGUAGGACCGUCGCUGGGGAGUUUUUCCGUCUCGGCGGCCAUUCUGGCCGGGCUCUGCGAAGAAUACUCUUCCGAGCUGACACAGAAGCAGGGAAAGAUGGACACGGACCCGCAUUUCUGGAUGCCCCUCACCCUGCCGGAAGACUCGUACGUCCAGCUCAUGUCCCAAAAGGGCGUGGACUCCUCGACUUCCAAGGUACACUACCAACGCAUGAAGGCCUUCUCCGAGAAGUUCAAGGCUGCCAACGCGGGCAGCUCCUUUGGGCUCUUUGGGGCCGUCGAUGUCGGCAAGGACGCCUGCUGGUGGGACUACGGCCAGCUCAAGCUCUACUCCAAGAAUUCGCUCCUCUUGCUGGACGACAAAAACCCGGAGUCGAAGCUCCUCAGAAAAUUCCUGGGCAUCAAGGAGGGACCCCAGUUCGGAACCUUUGCCCCCAGCGACGUCAUGAACCACCACUCGUACGCCUUUGACUGCAACAUUGCCACCGGCACGAUGAGAAACUCCCUCCUCUCUCACGUGACGGCCCGUGAGGUCAACGCGGAGGGGGCCAUCAUCGUCAACUGCGUCGCCCCCAAGAUCACGGCCGGAAAGGGGGCCAUUAUCUACAACAUCAUCGGGGAGCGAGAGAUCGUUGCCGAGGAGGGAAAGGUCAUGGUGGCCGUGUCCAGCGAGGACGGGACCUCCAUGGAAAUAUGCAGCCGGAUGGACAUCGACGGCGGAAAGGUCUGGAAGGAGGUCGUCGAGGGCAACCCUAUGUCCUUUGAACAGGUCCGGAACAACAACAUGGACGCCAACAUUUCCCAGGUCGAUCUCAAGCGCAAGGAGAACUAUACAAUCGUUACGGAACGAAUCUUCCAGACCAUGAAAUAAACAAAAGACUGGCCCCAACGAAAACGAUAUUGCGUCCAAACACGGAAGGGAACGGACGACAGCACGCAUUCUGGCAGUGUGCUCAUAAAGUAUUGAUGCGAUACAAUGGAAUCAUUCGAAACAACACAAUACAAUACUCAUAACAUGUGCUAUUUCCAACGAACUAUUGUAUCAGUGUAGAAUUUCUUUUCGGUCGCUGUGUGCUUGUAGCUUGAAUUUGCUAAAGUAGUUACAUCGCUGUAGCAUAGUCGUAUGACAGAGGUCUGUUCCAGCACCCUAGUAUCGAAUUCUACAUCUGCAUCAAAGCCGAUCCGGAGGUUUGGCACAGGUUACAAAAAGUCGGCCCGGUACCAGAACGCAUCUCAUCCUUGGACACAACAGAGAAUACCGGCCAUGCAUGCAACCCAACCGAAACAGGACAAACAACCCGGCACCUUGCACUCCUCCAACAAGUACGGUUGUCCCGCUGUUGUUAUUAUGAUAUGAUGCACGUGGGUGUGGCACAAAUCCGAAACGACGCGACGAACAAAGUCCAAUCAAGGUGGUGCGUGGUGUACUGUUGCACAAGGACAAAACGACCAAGCCGAAGAGCUUGUUGUUGCUUCCAAAAAUCAUGCUAGACUGCCCCGUGACAUUGCUCGCGGAAGGGAACGGAUGCAUACGGAUUCCUAGGUGUUUGUUUCACUCAAUGCAUGGCUUGAGU